AUGGGCUGUCCUACCUUCCUAGCUAAGCACCCUGCUUAUCUCUGUUACGUUCGUGAAGUUGCUUCUGGAGAACUUGUGAUGCCGGAAUACGAAAGGGAUGAGAAGAACCAUGUCAUUCUCCAGGUUGGCGAGCAGUAUUGUCGCUAUUUAGGAUGCACUGUCAGCGAUCAUCCCUACCUGACUGGAAACUUGCGGAAGCAUGUCGGCCGUCACAGUGAAGAUGUGCAAGUUGCCGAUGGUGUCACCGGUCUGAUCAGUUUUAUUGAACAAGAGAAAGUCCGAGGUAAGCUGGAUAGUCUGAGUUUGCAAAGACAUACCUAA